AUGUGGUUUCUCGAACACGAAAGCCUCUUUGGAGGGAAGCGCGUCUGGUUGCGACCUGGCUCACAGCAGCUGUUUGGACGUACUAAAUCUAGUGAGGGGAACGCAGAUGGACCAGAGGGCAAGCAAUGGAAGAUCGAAAACAAGGCCGUCUCGCGCAAGCAUGUCAUGAUCAAGGUCUACGACGCACUCGCGGAGAACGGCACGAAGCUGCACACACGGUCGCAGAUCGAGGUCACUGAUCUCAGCUGUCGGCAGGGCACGACAAUUGAUGAGAAGGACACGCUGAAGAGCCAUAAGGCAGGGGAUGGCACAAUCACAUACGCAAAGACAGUGUUGACGGGUACGGAGCACACUGUCAGGCUGGCACAGGGCUAUGCUCCUUUCAAGAUUGUAUGGCGCCCAGUCGUGCUUACUUACGCCUCGAAAGAGUCAAGAGAAGGCAAAUCUCGGAGUGCGCAGCUUCAUGCGCUGGACAUCAAGACGACUUCUGAGUUCCAAUACGACAAGACUACCCAUGUGGUCUCCUCGAAGCGCAAUCUCCCAAAAGUGCUCUCAGCACUCACGGCCGCCAAACAUAUCGUUACUGCCGAAUUUCUCGAUGCGGUCCUCAAGGUUGCCACAACAUCUCUCGACGCGGAAGGCACAUAUGUACCCUCAAAAUUAGAAGAGGACUUUGAUGCCUGGUGGCCGAAGGAGAAGGAAUUCAUACCACCGAUAGGUGCAGAGCCCGUACCACAGCCCCAGGAGAAACUAGAGCCAGACCCCUCACGCUCAGAAGUGUUUUCGGGCUUAACUUUCAUCUUCCUCAAUGAUGACCAAUACAACAGCUUGCUUGAGCCGAUCACUGGUGGUGGAGGCAAGGCGUUGCUUUACGAAGUUCGCCCGGGUCAGACGACCGUGCAGGAGUACGUAGAUUUUGUCCAAAGCGUAGCCGGCAAGAAGCGACGCUCAGCGACAACCAAUGAAAAGCUGCCAGUAGUAACUGUGCGCUUGCCAACCUAUCCAGAUGAGAUGGAACAGUGGGCUGCUGAUUUUGUUACUGGGACUGACCAAGCGCUUGGCCAGCGAUCGGUGCUACAGAACGAAUUUCUUGAUGCCAUCAUCACCAACAACAGGAGCUCACUCCAGAGACCGCCCGCCGAGAUGCAAAACAUUCCUUCGAAAAUACCCGCAGCUGAAGCAGCCGCAACAGGACUUUCCAUUCGUGGAACAACACCAGUAGCACAAUCGGCAAUACAAUCACAAACACCAGGGGAGAACAUGUCGCCUGCUCAGCCCGUGAAAGAAGAGUCUACGAAGACAAUAUCACGGAAGCGUGUACAACGUCCCAAAACCAGUCGCUUCACCGGUUUUGAUGACUACGAGCCGCCUACGAAGAAAAAAAAGGUUGAAACAACGCAAAUGGAAGAUGUUCAACAAUCCAUCGCAACGACCGGUCCUGCAGAAGUAGCUCCACAAUCCAACGGUACAUCAACCUCGCAACAUCCAACAGCCCCACAGUCAUUCGCCCAAGAUUUCGCGGAAAAAGAAGAACAGAUAGACACGCUCUUCCCGACCGCAGCCAAAGUCCGCCGCGAACGAGCAGCAACACGCGCACCCUCGGCCCCUCCAGAAAAAUCGACUAACUCACCAGCCGAAGAUACCAGACACAAAGGCGUCGAAGCACUGAACCGUCUCAACCGCGCAAAAGCCAAAGCAGAAAAAGACAUCAAUGUCCGCGAGCACACGCGCAUGCGCAUCAAGGAAGAAGAGGAGCGCCGAAAAGCCGACGAGGAAAGCUUACGUGAAGCACUCGAGGGCAUCGACAUCGCUGAACUCAAGAAUCUGGCGCAAAUCGAGGAAAUGGAGGUCAGACGCCCGCGCCAAGAAGCAGGUACGGGGCAGCUGCAAAGACAAAGUGACCGCUGGAAUCCUGAAUGGAAUGGUCGCAGGAACUUCAAGAAGUUUCGUCGACGAGGCGCCGAGCCCGGCGUGCAACCGCACAAGGUGAUUGUCAGGCUCGAAGAAGCGCCGGCCAAGAAGGGAUUCGGUGUUGGUGAUGCUUUCUUUCUCGAGGACGUUGCACCCUCGUUCACGUCUCGCCGUGGUCGCAGGCAGGCAGAAGACGAUUCCUCGGAGCCCGAGCCGGGAUUCACGAUACGCAAGCGCACGUCGCAGCCUAGCGAGGUCGUCCAUGUGGAGGACAGUGCACCGGAGGAAGAAGAGGAGGGUCCUGUUGUGACAAGGACGCAGAGGAGUAGCGGGAAGACGCAGAAGGUGGUGGAGACACAGCUUGACAAUGGGCCGACGCAGAGAGGCAAGAAGAGGGGAUCUGGGGCUGCGGCUCUGGAGCAACCGGCAGCUAAGAGAGGCAAGGUGAAUGCCAGUCGACGAGAGGAUGAUAGCGAUGAGGAGGAGACUGGGUUCAGGUUUAAGAGAAGGGGGUAG